CGAGCAGACUAGCUGGAUAUUUUGCAAUGGCCGCUCUGAUUUCAAAGGGAAUGAAACAUCAUGUGAUGAAAUGACCUGGAUUAAGACAAAAAUUACUUUCCUGCGGGAAUCUGUGUCUCUGAUCUGCAAACAAAUCCUCCCAAAAGGGACAUUUCAAGUCAUUUUUCUGCUAACCUCUCCUGUAGAUAAGCCACUCCUGCACACCUUUUAUGAGUUUUUCACAGACAUGGAAGGUCAUGAGGACAUAAUCUGCAUCUGUGAAUCAGAGACAAACUACCAGAAGUGGCAAAGCUUUGCAGAGGGCUCCUGUGGAAAAGAAGCUGUUAACAAUUCGAGCAUUGUUGGGAUGAAGAUGAGUCACAUUAAUGCAACCCUGCAGCAUGUACAAUCUGUCAAAGCACAUGUCAGGAAACACCUGCCAGUCUUUGUGAAAGGGACAUGUCUUCUUGAAACACAGAUAGAAGAACAAAUGUACUCUCUGGAAAUUCUCACCGUGAACCACUGUGAUGAAAGCACCAAAGAAUUCAUCAACGAGGAGAAAGAAAACAUUGAACGACUGUUUUACCGAGGCGGGAGAGUCACCUGGCUCAAUUUCUGGCUCGCUGAGCACAAAUAUGUCGAAGAGGUAAUUGAAAGAGAUGCAUACCAUGAGACGUCCUGACUUCUUAAUGAUGCUUUGAAAUGCAAUAUCGAUCAAACUCCAGUAAACUGUAUAAACAUUUACCAUCACCCAGGAAGUGGUGGAAGUACUGUGGCAAGACAGGUGUUGUGGCACUACAGGAAGGAUCUGAGAUGUGCAGUUGUAAAGCCUUACCCAACCUCUGUUGUUGCUCAACAUGCCGUAGAGUUAAGAGAAUAUGAAGAAAAAGAUCCCCAGAAGUGCCUCCCAGUGCUGCUCCUUCUUGAAGACACAGACAAGGAAUAUCUAGGUGAUCUGAGGAAUGAACUGGAGGUUGCUGUAAACAUCAAACGAAUCCAGUACGGAACCCUUUGUUUCAUUUUGUUAAACUGCAGACGUUCCCAUGAUCCAGAGAAGAGAUGCAAAGAGUCUCCGUUACAGAACGUGUCUGUAACCCACAAGCUGUCCGAUCAAGAGAAGAGAAAGUUUGCUGGAAAACGGCAAGCUCUCGAGGAACGCUUUGCACCUCAGUUUAUUUCAACAUUUGUUUUGAUGAGUGAAGAAUUCUCCCAAGAUUACAUUCAAGACUUUGUGAAACACUUACUCCAGGAUAUUGACCAAAAAUCCAUCGUGACGCGCCUGAUUCAUUACUUUGCUUUGCUGAACACGUAUGUUCAAAACUCUUUUAUCUCUCAGUCUCAUUGUGAAGCUUUGCUCGCUUUGACGGUCCACUUGGAGAGGUUCCGCCAGCAUGCGUUUGAGAGUUUACUCAGUGAUCAGGCUAAGAUGGUCUUCCUGCAUCUUAGAGAUGAAAAGACACACAUUGAAUCAAUCAGGAUCAUCCACCCCCUUGUGGCAAAGGAAAUUCUGCAACAACUUCUUGGGGGCAAACAGACCCAAAGCAGAUUGGCAAUGAAUUUUCCCUGCGAGAAUGUGCUUUUUGAGCACCGAUUUGGAAGAGAGGAGUGUUUGUCAUUUUUGAGACAGCUCUUCCUAAGGCGAUCCAGAAUAAGUAAAGGUGAUGAAUAUGACAGUUUCUUCUCUCCCCUUAUUGAGCAUGUAUGUGACAAUGAGAAAAACCCCAACGAAGCAAUUGAGCUGUUAAAGGAAGCAUUUGAGCGUUUUCAUCAAGAUCCGUUCUUUGCACAGCAGCUUGCUCGUCUUCAUUACACCUACGAGAAGUUUGAAGAGGCAAAACACUGGGCAGAGACAGCAGCCAAGCAGCGGCCCAAUGACUCGUACAUACUAGACACAAAAGGGCAGGUGUACAGAAAAUGGUUUCAAGCAAAAUGCAAAGCAAUGGAAAAUGAGAGCAAACCGAAGACUGCCCAAAAUACAAUGCAUGCUGUGGAGACUGCUCUGAAAGCCCUUGAUUACUUUCAAGAAUGCGAGAGGGCAGCCAAUGCAGACAUGGAAAAUGUUAACAGCUCUGGGUUUUUUGCUGAGGUCGAGGUUGGAUGCAGCCUUCUCAAACUAAUCUCUUCACUUCAAGUGUUUGCAAACCGAACCAACGGCCACGCAGAAUGUAUGAAGUACCUGCUAACAGACUACAUCCCAGAGGAACUCGACCGUGCCUGGGAGCCGUUUCAUGGCCGUUUGAAGAACCUUCACAAGACAAUGCAAGAUGCCCUUGACUGGAUUUCAGAAGACCUCAGCUACUUCCAGACAGAUAUUGGAGAUGAAGAGGAGACAUCUGAAAGUCCUGAAGAAAUAAUAAGUCAUCCACUCACAUGGCUGGUAAAGAAAUCUGCUCAGUAUGGAAAGUACUUUAGUGAAGCAGAUUCUGUUGUGCUUCUGCAAAAAGGCCAGACACUCGAAAACAAACUUACUCCUUUUAAAAAACGCAUCAUCUUGGUGGAGGGAACAUAAUAUCCAUACUCUCCAAACUAUCUGACCAAAAGUAUGCGGUACGCCGUUUGGAGCAUAUCCUCACUUUCUACCCUAGCAACCCAUUGAAGGCCAAAUUUACUCAAAUGGAUAUUGUCAAUUACAUAGCAGCACAUAUUUCCUUAAACUGCCUGUCCCCUCAGCCACAGAAGGCAGAUCCUCUGAAAGAGCUACAGGCUCUUUGUCGCCAGUUUCCUUCGGAUAAAAGGAAAUGUUUGCCAAGUGCCUUGUUCUUGCUUACCAUACUUUUCUGGCCCGAGGAUCAUGAUACAAACCAAAAGAGAGAAAGCAAAUAUGAAAUUGUGUAGUCAGCUGUUGAGCACCUUGAAAAAGACUACUGGACAAAGAUGAAAGAUAUUCCUCAGCGGAAUGAAGGCUCUACACCCAUUUUUUCCUGGGAAAUGGGAAUGGGCUGGACAAAUUUGUCCACAAGAGAAAGUUUGACAAAACGACAAAGUGGUUCUCAGUCUCUGAGAAGCGCCUGAAGUGGUUCAGCGGUGAGGCAUGGAAAAGUCCUGAGAUUGCCAGCAUGCUGAAACGUGUGUCUGGAUGGACUGAGGAUAGGGUGGUGUACCUUGAGGGUCCCCAGAAAAAGAAGUUUAAUAUCCUGCCACUUUUUGUGCCUUCAGUGCCUCAUGGGAAUGAAAACAUCACCUUCUACCUGGGUUUCACCUUUAGAGGUCCUGUUGCAUGCAACAUUCUUGUCAAAAAAUAGUUUGACAAUCACAUAAGUAUUGUUUUAGAAAAAGCUAAUCCCACAAAACAACCUCAGAUAAUGCUAUUAAUUGAGAACUGCAUUGUUUUGUAAGUGGUAAGAUUAUUUAAUAUUCACAUUUUGCGCUAUUUGUUCUUUUUUCUAUUUCUCAAUGUGUUUAAAAGAUAUAAAAUUUCAUAGAAAAUGUUGACCAACUAUUGUCUGCUGUUUUGUCAUUUUAAUAUAUCAAUAAUGUGUUUGUGAGCUGAAGAACAAUGCUUUCCAUGGUAGAAUUUAAAAAAUCCAAUAUGCUUUACAGAAACUUUGAAAGACCUAAUUUUGCUAAAGGAAAUCUGCAAACCAGUUAGUGGGCCUUGGCUUAGUUUCAUAUUAAAUUGUGUUUUUUUUUUUUUUUAAUCAAGGAAACAUUGGAGGCUGUAAAGAUCCAUGUUGUUAAAAUGCCUAUGUAUAACAUAUAUUUCCAUGUAAUAAAAAUGUUCUUUUUAACUAAAA